UGUUUAAAAUAAUAUGGUUGGUGCUUAAAACAAGAAGCAAAAUUAUUCAGUGAAUUUCUACAAAAGUGCAAGUCUUGAGUAGCAUAAGCUUGCAAGUUCAAGACUACUACCUUCCUAACAGUCUGCUCUAUCACUCUCUUCUCCAGCAUUUAAAUAUCAAGAUUCAGUCUAUAAUUGCUCCUCAUCGCUUUCACUUGUCUCUUCUUUCCUCUUUAGGUAUCCAAUACUAGGCUUCUCAUGGUGAUUCAGCUCUCAAAUACCUCGAACUGAGUUAUCUCAUUCUCUGGCCAUGCCCCCUAGAUGUCAGAAGUCUUCUGCUUGAGUAACCAGCAUGCCUGCUCCAGCCUACUGUCUACCCAGACAUCAAGGACUUCAGCACCCUUUUGUGUGAAAUGUGGGAUAGUUAAACCAUACCGAGUUCUUAUCCUCAUCUGCAGUUUCACUGGUUCUGCCCUUCUGUGGUGGGCCUUGAACCUCUCAACCUGGGUGAAGAUAGAAAACUCACACCAAUCCUUCUUCAGUGCUCUCUUUGCAAUAUGCAGUGGUGAGAUCAAAUGUUGGGCUCUACCAUCAAAAUCAAACUACUACAUAUUUGGUCAAAUUUUCAUGAUCAGCGCCCUUCUUCUCUCCUUCUUCCUGAGCUUUAUACUCCUGGCCUUCCCGCAUUCCCUUCCUGAUACCCGGAAACAGUACUUCAUCUUCACAACCACCUUCUUCAUCAUAGGUAUCUGUGUGUUCCUUGCACUACUACUGCAUUAUCUGUAUAUUUUGAAAACAACUAACCUUUAUAAGGACAUGAAAAUCACCUUUCUCUACCCCUCGUUCCUCCUUAUAUUCAGCACCAUACUGUUUUUCUUAUCUGGAUUUCUCUGCUUGUGCAGCACCCAUCAUUGUUGGCUCCAGUGUGUCUUAAUGCAACCAAUCCAAGUGAAACCCAUGCAAAUAUCAGUGGACAAUGGGAACUCAGUCACAGAAGGGAUACCGGGGAGAGAUGGCUAGCCUAACGUCAGUGAUGGUGAGAAGGCUAAUUUCUGAAGAAAAAUCAUGUCUACCCUGUAACUCAAGACUUCACAGCUAUGCACACACUCUUGUUUAAUUACUAAGACUAGAAAGAAUUGACUUGUUACUAAUCAUUAUUCAGAUAUGGAUUAAGAUUCCAGGAACUCAGGUCUUUCACUAAAGAGAAGACACAGUUGGGAUGUGGGGAUGGCUGAGCAUGUUUGGCUCUGGGGACUUGAAGCGAAAAAACUUCUCCUCACCUUGAAGAUUCCCUAGGCACCCACCUCCCAACCCUCUCACUGGUAUUCCUGGUCUCCUGGAAAUAGAUUUUUGUUUUUAAACAGUAACAAAACUCUUUCUCCUGUGAAGCCUUAGUUUUGAUAAAAAAAAAAAAUUUUUUCCCCUGAGGAAUUUUAUGAGUGGAAUCUUGUAACUACUGUAUUGUUCAGGCCUUUUGUAUUGUUCAGGCCUAUAUGUUGUUGCAUAUAACAAAACCUUAUCCAAACUACCUCAACAACAACAUAAAAUGAAUAUAUUGAAAAAGAUGCAGGGGUAGCUCAUAGAUGCACAGAAAGUUCUAAUAUAACUAGGGUUACAUGAGAGAUGUUGGGGACUGGAAUUGGAACUCAUUUCCUUCAAGAUACUUUUUCCCCCACUGUUUAUUAAAGGUUAAAGGAAUUUCCUGAUCUAUAAAUAGUAAAGUCCACAGAUCCACUAUCCCCAAUUCCAUUUGUUCAUCACUUUCAAUGAAUUAUCAAAGCCUGUUGCUUCCACCUCAACCAAACCUCCAUUCCCCUCUGUGAGCUCUCCUCACACCUAGUUAUCUGGACCAGGCCUUUGUUAUUCCUGCCCAGACCAUGGUGUGUCUACACUAGGCGUCUCCCCGCACUUCGGUCUACCUCUACAAGUACUGCCCAAUUUGAUCUUCCUCAAACACAGAGCUGAGAAUGUUCUUCUUGAAGACCUAUUUCGCCUUCUUCUGUCUUCAGGAUAAAUUUCUUAUCUUGAUUAUCUUGAUUUUAAAUAAAGGUAUUUACAAAUUGGCACCAA